AUGGCAUCGCUGUGGAUCAUCAACAAGGCUGGCGGGCUUAUAUUCCAGUCGGAGCACUUUGACUAUCCGCAUCAACGGAACCAUGAAGCUGAACUGACAUCGAAUGAUUAUCUGAUUCUCGCAGGCACGCUGCAUGGCAUACACGCGAUCACCUCGCGGAUUGUGCCGGCGCCCGACAAGGAGAGUCAGGGCUUCCACAUGCUCGAGGCAGAGAAUUUUGUGAUGCAUGUCAAAAUGACCGAGACAGGGACCAAAUUUGUGCUACUAGCGCCUACGACGCAAACGAAUGCAGCUGGUAUUUUGCAGCGAGCGUACGAGCUCUAUGUCGAGCAUGUGAUGAAGAACCCCUUUUACAUCGCCGAGAUGCCGAUUCGUGUUGAGGCCUUUGAUCGAGAGAUGCAUCUUCUUCUCCGGUAG